AUGCAGAAUUUAAACCAAGUUUUUACACUGUUAUUACUGGCACUUGCAGUCUUUCUUGCUCCAUUUUGGAUACCGAUUGCUAUAGCUGUUAUAGCGACAACCCUUGUCGUGCUUGGAGGAAUAUUUACAAUAUUUUCUAUGCCUACUUGUGUCGUUUUAGCUUUUGUCUUGGGAAUAUUUGGCAUACUACUUCUCUUCGGCACAGGUGUACCGGCAAUCUCCCAAAUUUUGCAACGUAUCCUGUAUUCAUUAGGAGUGGAAAGUAGUGAGAGCUUGAGAUGGCUGCCUUUUACCAAAAGUAAUUUGCGACAAAGUGAAAGUAAAGAUCAAGUGACGAGUUCUACAGCUGACCUACAGAUAAAAGAUUCUUGGGAUAAUUUCACGUGA